AAACCUGAUCUCGACAAAUUGCCUCUAUUUGCCGACAGAAAGAUAGUGUCUCCUUUGGUGAAAGACUACGACGCAAUGAUUGAGGAGCUGCUGAAGGAGAAGAAAAAUUGCAAAAUUGAGAUAGACAGAUUGAAAAUAGCCCUGGAUAAAUUGACCAAUGAAAAUCAGAGUUUAAAGGGUGAACUUAAUUCCAAACAUCGAGAAUACAAAGAUGACGACGACGCUGAUGAUGACGACGACGACGACGAUGAUGAUGACGGUGGUGAUGAUGAUAGUAGCAGUAAAAUCGUCCCCACGGGCAGGGUGGACAGGGGGGCGGACAGAGGAGUGACCAGGGAGUCGGCGGGAGUUGAUUGGCAGAGAGCUCUCGACCAAAUAAGCCAGAUGGAGCUGAAACUAAAAGAACAAAGCGACACGUCUGGGGUGCGACUAAGAGCCGCAGAAGCCGAGUUGGCGGCCGCCAACAGGCAGAUUAGUGAUUUGAGAAAACUCCUCGCUGAUACCCAAGUAAACGGUGACGCAAUGAUUGAUCAGCUGCUGUCGGCGCCGCCAUCGGGAUUUUCCGCUGCAGCCAUAAAUAGCACCACCAAUAAUAACGUGGAUUUUGAAAUUAAUGAUAUGCAAAAAGAUCAGCUGACGUUUAUGCUAAUUAGCUAUAAAACGAGAACCGAAGGAAUAAUAAAAAGAUUGCAAGAAGACAAAAAGCUGUUGCAGCAACAACUGCAACAGUUGCGCAACAACAUCGAGCAACAGCAACGCAACAACAACGACAACAUCCAACAAAUGCUGAGCAACAAACAAUUAGUCGAAGACGCUUUACUAGAAAGAGAUAAGUGCCUUAUCCGCGAGGCACAUUUGAAAAGUGAACUGACCAGACUCCAAAAUGUCCUUGACACGCAAUCACGUGAUGUCACUCUGGUGAAAAAGAACGAGAUAUCCACCUUAACAUCGCAACACGAACUUCAAAUCGAGAAACUGAACGAUAAAAUAACCGACUUGGAAGGAGAAAUAGCCAACCUGAAGAACAGCAACUGCACACUGGAGCGCGAGAGAUCUCGUCUGCAGGAAGAGUUGGCGGCCAUCUUGAAAAACAUGGUGGACGAAGAGGGGGCCAGGAGGACCAGUAGUGAAGACUUAGUGCUGAAGUUAGGCAGCCUCGAAAGAGUCAGGGAUGAGAUGGGGAUGAAGAUGGGGAUGAUGGCCGACAAGAUGGAGGCUUCUGAGAAGGAACACCAGCGAACGGUUCGGGGGCUGGAGGAGGAGUUGAAUCAGGUCAAGGCGAGGUUGCAAAGAACUUUAAAUGACCUUGACCUCGUUAUAAUUGAGAGAACGAAGCUGGUGGAUGAGUGCAAGGGAUUGAGAGAAGAGAGAGAUAGAAUGAAGGAUGAAAAAGAAAGUGCGUUGAGGAGGUUAUCAAGACAGAUCCUAAUCCUACAGCAAACUAUGAAAACCAAAGACAUCGAAUAUGCGAGCAAGAUGGCCGCCAUGGAGGAUGAACACCGGAAGAUGAUGCUGGAGCUGAACAGUCACGUGUCAACCAAUCAGAGGAUAUCAAUCAAAUUAAAAGAAGAGACCGACUCGAUAAUUAAGAGAUUGGAAUCGUCGGUAUCGAAGCUGAAGAGUGAAUUAACAGUGGAGAGAAAGAGAAAGAUGGAGCUGAUGAAACUUCUAAGAGAUAGCAGAGAUAAAAACAUUGAGACAGAAUCCAAGAUGGCGUCCUUCAGCAGGCACGUCAGGGAGCUAGAAUUCAAAAUGGCCGAAAACUCUCCACGCCACCACCACAAUCAUCAUCAGCACCUCCAUCAUAAUCAUCAUCCUCACCAUCGUUAUCACGACUGCCAGCUCUUUAAGGAUAGACUGAAUGUAAUGAGUGACGUCGCGAAUGAAGGAAUGAAAAGAAGGAACGAUGACGAUGAUGAUGUUGUUGCCAAUGAAAGCAAACUGUAUGAUUAAAUAUAAUGAAUUAUGAUGAUGACGACGAUGAAUAUGUAUGAUGUGACGAUGAUGAUAAUGAUGACGAUUUAUAAUACUGUAAUUAUAAUAUUAUAUCAUAAUAAAAUAUGAUAAUGAUGUUAAUGAGACAGUGACGACGGCGACGAUAGUGAUAAUGGUGAUGCUAAUUAACAUAAUUAAAUUAAUCAAUCCUCGUUUAUAGUCUCCAUCCGUUAUGGGUCGGACUAAUUAAAUUAAAUU